GGCAAAACUGCAGCAUUUUAGUCAUGGGGGUCAUGUGAUAUCGAGCAACUUUGCCACCAAACACAGUGAACUGCAAUUCUUUAACAGCAAGUCCUACGUCUUUCAUGUAACAGUGGCUUGAUUUGGCGGGAGCCAGCUUCUGUCUGUGAAUAUGAUGACAAAAAGCAUGUUACUGAGCGUCCUGUUUGUUUCAGGUGCUUGGGCUUCUUGUUCAAAGAACCUAUACAUUACUGCACCAAAGAACAUGGAAGCAAUGAGUGGAUCUUGUUUGCAAAUCCCUUGUAACUUUAGAUCUGAACCAGAAGAGGACUUCAGCAGCACAAGCCCUUCCUUUGGAGUGUGGAUUAAAAAUGACUCCAGAUUUGGCAUCUAUCCAAACAAUGUGAUUUUCAACAGUAGUAAGACAAUUAACACCUACCCAAUGAGUAUUACUGGAGACCUGAAUCAGAAAAACUGCACCACUUUAUUUUCCAGUUUAAUCACAAGUCACACAGACACAUACUACUUCAGAAUUGAGAACAGGCCAUUUAUUGCAACAGCUGCUUGUGACCCUCUUCAAAUAACAGUUAAGGAUUCUCCUCCGAGGCCCAGAAUUGAGAUCUCAGGUGAUCUGAGGGAGAAGGAGUCUGUCACUAUAACCUGCUCAGCUUCCACUCCCUGUCCACACUCCCCUCCUAAACUCACCUGGAAUCUCACACAACAACCUCACAACACAAUAGAGGAGAACACAGAUCAAACCUUCACAACCAAAAUCCAGGAGACCAUCACUCUGUCAGACAAACAUGAUGGAGUCACCAUCACCUGUUCUGCCACAUAUCCUGUGGAUGGAGGAAACUAUAAGACAGCAGAGGAGAGAAAGACUCUCAGUGUUUCAUAUGCUCCCAAGGACACCUCAGUGUCCAUCAGUCCAUCAAGUUUGGUGUCAGCAGGUAGCUGGGUGAACCUGACCUGCUCCAGCAGAGCCAAUCCUCCCGUCAGCAGCUUCACCUGGUUCAAGAUAAACAAAGAUGGACCCAUCAAAGUGUCUGAAGGAGACUUUUACAGCUUUAAUGUGACAGAUGGAGGAGUUUAUUACUGUGUGGCCAUAAGUGAUCUUGGUACUGAAUCAUCAUCAGAGAUCCAUCUGGCUGUUAAAGUAAAACUACUUGAUAGCUCUUCACCAUGGGGGGCAGUUAUUGGAGGGAUCAUCGGGAUCAUCAUACUCAUCUGUGUGGUUGUUGUCGUUUGGUGGUUAAAGUCAAAACAUCCAACUUCACAACAAACACAGAGUCUAACAGCUCAGCAGUCGGCUGAAUCAGCCAAAUCAACAGAAACAGAGGACAUCCAUUAUGGAGAGAUCGACUUCUCCAAGAGGAGACCUGAACCGUCCUCGACUUCAGUGCAGGACAGUGGACAGCAGCAGGAUACGCUGUAUGCACAGGUCAAAGUGUCCAAGAGGUUCGCACAGACUGCUGACGACCGAGAGGAUCUCUAUGCUCAAGUGAAGAGAAAAUAAAUGUAUGGGUGUAUUUUUUAUUAAACAAUUAUUAUUAUUUUAUUACUAUUACAGCUCAAAGUUCUUUGCAUUAUAUUAAGAUAGUGACAGUUUGUAUGUUUUUUAUCAGUACUUGUGGUGUUUCUAGAUUCAAAAUUCCUGUUUGCCACACAUAUCAAAUUUGCUCAUCUAACAUGCAUCACAUUUAUUUAUCAUACAUGGAUAUGUGUUAAGUUUACAACUAACCCACAGAUGAUUUUUUUUUUUGACCCAACUUUUACAUAUUGUGUGUAAAAUUACAAAAAUUAUACCAUUUAAUCACAAAAAAAAAGAGAGGAACAAUUACUUGACUUCUGACAGAUAUUUUUUUUAAAUAAAGCUCAGGAAGGACAAGCAGACAUGACCACUGCAUACAAACUGUGACAUUUCUUUUUAUAAAUAGGAUGAUGACAAAUAAAACGGGGCGUAAAAUGGUAAAAUAUUUCCAUUACCUCAUUUGGUUGAGCUCAUGUUGCCUCCCUCUUCUUCCAUUCUCCAAAGAUAUGAUCUGAGUAUUGGUUGUGUUUCCACAGGCUUUCUGUGUAAAGGUCAAGUGCUAUCUAGCUGAUUUACAACAUAAACUAACUGGAAUAUAAUAAGUUACAAUUGAGUUGAAAUGUAGCUGAAAUGAUGGCUGAAAAAAUGGUAAAAAGUAACUGUAUUAUACACUAUAGUUAUCAUGACAGCAGUGAAUUAUUAUCUUUAUUUAUUUAUGGGAUACGUAACUUGAAUAAUUUACCAUUUAACUUUUUUCAUCUGGUGUAAAAUUAAAGUACUACAUCUUCUAUUUUACAGCCUGCAAACUAUCAAACUCUGGUACAAGCAAGCCAAAGAAGUUACAUUAUUAUAAUCGUUAUGGGUUUGAAGUUGUUGUUUUUUAAGUAUGUAGUGGGCGGAGCUCAGUUGGUAAACAGUGAUGCCAUGUACUUUCGUGCACCAAUCAGAAUUUAGCACAAUAACUGACCACAAACUGGUGACAGCUGAUGGGGUUGUUGGAGUUUUUCUGUGUUAAACUCAUAAUACUCAAAACACUUUAAAAAUGGAUCUGCACUGAACAAUAAUAAACAUUAGACUAGAUGAAGUCAUGUGUGGUGUUUGUAUUAAUCUUCAUAUGAGAGACAGUUCAGCUACCUCAUGUCACC